UAUUUGUACGAGUAUAAAUAUCCCUUGCUCCUCUAGCUCAAUGUGCUUAUUUGUAUUUGUCUGUACUCUACUUUGACAUUACAUCCUAGAGUGCGGAUAUAAUCUAAGUUAGAAGAAAACAUGUAUACGAGUUUAGCUUUCAGUUUCAUGCCUUGCAAAACUAUUUUAUCUCCUAGAGCUAGCAUCACAACACAAGAUAUUGAAAAUGCCACAGUUUAUCGUACAAAAGUUUCUCGUAAUCCAACAUUGGAGAAGCUUCAGUAUAACUAUCUAUUCCCUGAGAUAUCGGAGAGAGAAGCUCAACAUGCUAAAAAGUAUCCUAAUGCAAAAAUCAUCAGCCUUCGGGAUUGGCGACACUACUGAGCCAUUACCAGAUGUUGUAGCUUCG